GCAAAGAGUCGAACACUACUAAGCACCUAACAGACAUGCAGGGUGAUUUGAGCCUUGCAGAGUUGCUGGAGAAGGGGACAGCCGGAGGUUGAAGGGGGCCAUCCAGAGGAGCACGGAAACCGGCCUGGCUGUGGAGAUGCCCAGCCGGACCCUGCGCCAGGCCAGCCACGAGUCCAUUGAGGACAGCAUGAACAGCUACGGCUCCGAGGGCAACCUUAACUAUGGGGGAGUUUGCCUGGCAUCAGAUGCCCAGUUCAGUGACUUCCUGGGCAGCAUGGGACCGGCACAGUUUGUAGGCCGCCAGACCCUGGCCACCACGCCGAUGGGGGACGUGGAGAUCGGCUUGCAGGAGCGGAACGGUCAGCUGGAAGUGGACAUCAUCCAGGCUCGGGGUCUGACGGCCAAGCCAGGCUCCAAGACACUGCCAGCGGCCUACAUCAAGGCCUACCUGCUGGAGAACGGCGUCUGCAUUGCCAAGAAGAAGACCAAAGUCGCUCGCAAGUCGCUGGACCCGCUGUAUAAUCAGGUGCUGCUGUUUCCUGAGAGUCCCCAGGGCAAAGUCCUGCAGCUCGCUGCCCGGAGUCACGUCCAGAACCCAGCGGCCAUCUCCAUGGUGCCAAUUACCAGCAAGUGUCUUUCCUGCGGCACCGGGUUCAGGCAGCUACUCCUGCCCCCCGAGCCUACGGGGCAGCUUUGCAAGGAUCCGGCGCCAGCUCCGGGGGCCCCGCGUCCCCGACUUGAAGAGGAGCUCGGGCCUCCCUCCGCCUGCCCAUGGAAGGAGCUCUGCCGCCGACUGUUUGAGUCCAUCUGUCCGUCCCGGCUCUAGGACACGGGGUCCAGCAGGGACCAGGGGAAAGGAAGGGGCUGCCCGGGGACUGGCAGGGACCCCCAGAGCACUGGCUCAGUGGGGUUGUAAGAAGCUAGUUUGCACACUGUGGGCGGACUGGAAAGAACUCUGUUGGCUGUGUUUCAACCGAGGAGCUGCGGGACCCUGAUUUUCGAGAACCCCAGCCCCAGAGAGCUCACCAAUCUCUGAAUUUGGGGGAUGCUGGUUUGGAGAGGGAUUCUGAAGAAAGCUGGGAUUGGGACUGAUGGUGCCAAGGCGAGGGAUUCCCAGGUAGGAGAAUCCCUCCUUGUGGAAUGAGGUCAAAGGUCAUCUUGUCUGGCCCUCUGCCUCCAGGCUAAGGGCCUGGGGAGGCACCCGAGCCCCCCAGUUUUAGUCUUUUUAAACCAACCAUCCUGUACUAAGGGCAGAACCCACUGCUCCGGCCUCAGUGACCUUGGCUCAAGGAGAGAAAGACAGUGAGGCGAGACAGGAGUGUGAGAAAGGGGAGAUUCCUUCUUGAGCAGGCCCAGGGGGCUGCCUUCCCGGCCCUGCCCGGCCCGGUCCUCCCCGGAGCCUUCGGAAGCCCUUUUGCAUGCGGGGAGGACGCAGGCUGGUCCCUUCUGUAGAAGCACAUUUCUGCCACCUCCCCUGGGAGGCACCCAGCCACCCACACCCCACACCCCUCCCAUCAUUCCCUAGUCCUGCUGUGUAGGACGUAGUCUUGGUUAGCCGGGUAGGCUUAGAGUGCCUGGCCCUGGGCCUGGUCUUAGCUUCACAUAGAGUCCUUACAGAGGGGAUGGAGAAAAUUCCAGGAGGCAGCCUUCUCCCUGCCGGCCUGGCCUGGGUCCAAGCCUGGACCUGGUUCAGGGGAGGCUGGCCCCUCCUCCUUCUCCUCCUCCUCUCUUUCCUCCCCCUCCUCAUGUAGGGUUGUAGCCAGAGCCGCCCCUGACACUCAGAUGUUCUGAUUUAUUACCCUUGGGACUGAUUUUAUUUAGGAAGCGCUUCUGAGGAUGUGGGCCUUGGCAGAGGGGGCCUGGGCUCCAUCAGAGGAGGUGGCUUUCCACUGAGGAUUGCCCGACUAUGUUCUGUCCCACCUUGUCCCCACUCCCCACCCCACCCCCCCCUUUAGGCUGUGGACCAGGUGAGUCCUUCCACCUGGAACUCCCUUCUCCCCUGGCCUGUUCCCAGCCCUGGGCAUCCUUUGAAGUCCUGGUUGAGUUAUAGCGCCCCCGCUGCAUGGGCAUGGGGAGAUGGAGGCGCUCCCUCCUUGGUUCAGGAGGCCUUCUGAAACUGAAAUCCCAAGGCUGGGGCGGAGGCAGCGGGGUUCAGAAUUGGCCCCUCCCCUGUGCUUUUUUUUUUUUUUUUUUAAAACCAGUGUGAUUUCUCUGCCGUUUGUUUAUUACUCACCAUUCGGAAUAUUUUGAGCCAGGAGAGCGCCUUCUCUCUCCAGCUGUCAUUGCUCUGGUAGUUCAGGGGUAGCAUUUCAAAGCCGGGGUGGGGCCUGGCUGUCCCAACCUGAGGACAGGGCGGGGCACAGCCUUGCUCCCCAACCUGAGCCCGCCCUGGUGGGGGGUGGGCCUGCACAGCCUUUAUAAAGAGAGAAGGCGCUCCAAAGCAAUAACAUCCUGAGGGUGGUCACCGAGGGCCCCCCUCAAUGACUUUCUGUUCGUUCUGUGGUUUCUCAGCUCACCUCCCGGAGGGGUGGCAUGGCAUGGGGGCUGGAGCCCUCUUUCUUUGUAUCAUCGUUGUGAGCACAUGGCCGCCUUCCAAGGGGCUCCAACCAUUGAGCGUAGGGACCCCCCCUCCCCGCCCCAUCUGUCCUCACCCAGGGAUGGGGGCUUGGGGAGGGAGUGGCUGGGGAACCUUCCGGCCCGCUCCUGUCUGAUCCUUUGCCAGCUCAAACUCCCCCAUUCGGAGAGGAGCUGAGAGGGUGGCACUGGGGGAAUUAGGGGUGUUGGGGGACCUGGGGGUCUCUAGGGGAUGGUGGUUCUUUUUUCAGUCUCUGGGCCAAAGGUCACAUGCUGGGGUACAGUGGGAGGGAGUCAUCUCCACUUUUCUUCUCUGGAAUCUGCCUGUCACACUAAAAGGAAAGGGGCUUUGGGACCAUCAGUGAAAUGAUUUCCAUCUUAACAAAGAGAUCACAGGCCCCUGGGGUCACCUGUGAGUUCACAACACUGGCCAUCUGGGCCUCCUCAACCUCCCAGAGGCUGAGCUGGAGCCAGGGCAGGACUAAGUGGGGCCACCAUCUCCCCCCGCCCCCAAUAUUUCCUCUGCCCUUCUCUCCGUGGCCUUCUCCCAGGGGCCUUGAAAAGAUGGGCAGUGCCGAUUGUUGUCCAUCUGACGGGGCAGGAAACCGAAGCUCAGCAUCAGUAAGUGGCUUGCCCAAGACAAGACCCCUCAGCAAUGAGGCCAGAGCAGAAGCCGCUCUGUCCUUACUCCAGGGGACAGCAGACCAUUGCUCCUGGGCACAUCUGCCAUAAGGACCUGUGAUCUUUAGACCCUGCUUGCUUGCAUCUCAAUGGGCCAGUAGCUUUUCUGGGCCUUGGGUUUGGGGGGAAGGGUUGCCAUAGAGACCUUGUUCUCUUGGGUGGGGGUUGGGGGGUCUGCCUUGACUGAUGUGAGGCUGUGCAGGCCGUGGUCCUGGUCUUGAUCUUAAGUGGGGACUCCCCCCCACUCCAGAGACCACAACCCCUCUGGGACCAUUCUGAGGGAGGGGCCAGACACCACUUCCUGGGGGUGUGUGGGAGUGAGGGGGGCGGUGGUACUCACCUUAAGGCAUUUCCCCCCCAAACCUUCAGAUGGAAUAACAACGGAACUUCUCAGAGUGCUUUUCAUACCUUUUUGUUUUCAAAGUGCUUUAAUCUCCCGUGUACUCUCACAAGAGCUCCUGGGCAGUCAGUGGGGGCCUGGGUGAGUUAUCAGCCCCAUUUUACAGAAGAAGCUGAGGCCCGGGGAGGGGAAGGUGCUCGCUAAGAUCCCACUGUGAGUUGAUGGCUGAGCCCAGAUCUCCAGCGGUUCAGAUCUCUUUUCUUCAGUACGGGGCAAAGCAGAGUUGAGGUCAUGCACUUGACAAGCUGAUCCACAGUCCAGCUCCUUACAUCUGGAGCUCAUGGGCACAUCUCAGCGGUGAGAGGCACCGCUGAGCCCCGCUGCCCUUGGAGCACAGCUGUUGCGUUAGGCAAGGCCACCUGCAUUUAUUUAUUGAGCAGCAGCCCUGUGCCAGACCCAGGGGACGGGGUGCCCCGACUCCAUCUCCCACUGUCCUGUAACGACUUGUCUGGGCUCCAGGAAGCCCAUGUCUGUAUAGCGGCACCUCUGAGUGGACGGAAAGCUUUCGGGUCCAUGAGCUCAUCUGACUCACAAACCCCACCCGGGAGGCGCUGACUGUGCCCGUUUGACUCAUAGCUUCUGUGAGGGCAAAGUGGAGACUUGAACCGGGGCCUUGGAAUCAUCUCUGAGCCCUUUCACCCCACCACUGCCUCCUGAGGGGGUGGCAGGAAGGCAGACCCCUGGUCCUCAGGCCCAUUCUCCAUUCACCUUUCCCCUCUUCCCUCUCCAGGAGCAGGAGCCCCUCAGGCUUUGGGGGAGGGAGGGUUUCUGGGGCCCCUGGGUUGGAGCAGGUCACGUUGCAUUGUGUUCAUGACCAUGUAGCUCAUGUUGAAAAUUAAAGUUUUUGGCUUUUCUAACCCA